AUGGCUGCUGUGCACCAGAUCAUCGCGAGUCCUUCGCCAAACCCAGACCCGACGACUUCCUUCGCAGAUAAUUCGGACUCUUUCAAAGUGGACAUUGGCAACGGAAACCAUGCAGAACACGCCAGUCAGAGCCCCCCGGUAAUCGAUAGCGGCUUCUUUGGAGAUUCUCUACAGGGAGGAGACUCGCGCAUAAUUGCUAUAAUUUAUGGAAAAGGACAAGAGCCAAUUGUGUCCCUAUUUGGAGAGGUUCUCGGCAGACCGUCAAAAUUAAAAUCCAACAUCACCGACGUUACGACAGCAGAUCAGCAGUCUGUCAUUGGCAUUCCCGCUGCCGCUGCGCAAAGCAACAUUGCCACAAGAGAUCAUUCAAUGGUGGUUACGAUCAAUGCACACCUCGUCAAUCUAGGCAUGCCGCCAAAUCUGUACCUUUCAGAGCACUGCGACUACGAAUUCCUCUACUCGGACACUCCUGAUCUGCGUCGAGACCUUUGUCGAUUUACUGCAUUUAUUUUGGGCCAAAUCAACCACCAUAGCGAACUCAUGGCUAAGCCGAGAACGUUGUUCAUCUCAACGACAUUUCCCGACGUCAGAGCUGCUCUACCUAACCUUGACAUCCUGACGGUUGGGUCUGAUGCCGUUGAAUUGCGUGUUGAUCUGCUACGAGAGCCGCUAGGCGGCGGCAGCUUUGCCGCUGUUCCGAGCUUGAAGUACGUCGGAGAGCAAGUUAUGCUGUUACGCCAGCGGACAGAACUGCCGAUCAUAUUUACAACGCGCUGCACCAACGAGAAUGGCAGAUUCCCUAUGGACAACCCGAAACUCUACCACGAAUACCUGUACAGAGCCAUUCAAUGGGGGGUUGAGUAUAUCGAUGUCGAACUUUGGCUGCCAGAGGACAUCAGGCAAGAUCUUUGGCAUAAGAAGGGUAACUCGCGCAUCAUGUCUGCUUUUCACGACUUUUCGGGAAACUUCAAAUGGCCAUCAAUUUAUGCCCAGGAAGUUUUCGAACGGUCCAUCGACUAUGCUGAUAUCAUAAAGAUGAUCGCCAUCAUUAAUGACCACACGGAGAACUUUGAACUUGAAUACUUCCGCUCAAAGGUGAAGACCAAGUAUCCGCAUGCGCCACCAUUCUCCGCCGUCAACAUGGGCCAAGUCGGACAGUUUUCCCGUUCGCUUAACAAAACAUUCACACCUAUUACACACCCACUGCUGCCGCUGAUCGCUGCGCCAGGGCAGCUAAGCGCGGCAGAGAUCAACUCUGCCCUUGCGCAUAUGGGCCAUCUGCCGAAGAAGUCGUUUUAUGGCAUCACUAGUGUCGAAUCUCGAGUGAAAGGACACAGGGCGCCAUUCUACGAAAAGUGUUUCAACGAACUUGGUCUUCCCCAUCAAUUUGCCGUUAUAGAACGUCAGCCAAACAGCGCAGCUGGACUGGAAACAUUAUGCAGCCAGAGAUCUUUUGGCGGAGCGUACCUCGAUCCCGGUCUUUCGUACAACAGCAUCAUGAAGCAUAAUCCACUGCUCGCGACUGCCAAUAACGGAGAAGGGCCGAUUGUGAGCGAGGCUGCACGAGUCAUUGGGACCGUCGACACAAUCGUGGCUAGAGUAGGCUCAUUGUCACACUCUAUCUCUAGGCCAUCCUCUAUACCCGCCAGCCCCAGACAGCAGAGCGAAGGUGCUGUUGCACUCAGCCAGGUCGACCCGAACCAAGCGACGACGCUGGUAUUCGAUAACGCGAGCUGGAAAGGAAUUCUCAGCGCAUUGACAAGGGACCUCGCACCCUCAGCAUACGCAGGCCGCACGGCCAUGGUACUGGCAUCUUCUUCGGACGAUGCGGCACCAGUCAUCUUUGCCAUGAAGGCGCUGAAAAUUGCCAAGAUCUACACCCUAGGGUUCAAAACAUCUACGACACUCGCACGUAAUGCGCCGCCGAUUGAACAGUUUAACAGCCUCGAAAGUCUACAGCGCGCAAGAUCUGGCUCGCAUGAGAGUGCCGCUCCCUUCGUCAUGGUAUCAGCCCUUGGGCCAGCAAAAAGUAGCAUUGUGAGACUACUUUUGCGCGCAUUCGCGAGCAAUGCCCAAAAUUCCGGAUCGACGAGCUGCAAGAAGGUGUUUCUAGACAUGGCACAUGCCGCAGACCGACAAGCGAUCGAAACGGCUGAAAUUGCAGAAAAGAGCGGCUUUGCAGCUUAUGGGGCUGCAGACAGUGCAGCAUUCACGACGGUUGAGAGUUUGCGCUUGCUCGUGGGACAGAAUAUACAGUACAGCUUCGUGAGGCUAGCCAGUGGCAAUUAG